AUGUAUAAUAAUUCAUAAGCAGGAAUGUCCUAGAAGUACUACUAACCUUAAAAGCCCUUCGGUUAUUAAGGCCAGCCUAGUCAGUCUUAAUAGAUGAAUAGCAGGUAUGGCAACCCAUAUGCUUAAUAAAUGCCUUAAGAAGAUUAUUUAAGAGAUUAUCAUUAGAGAUAUGAUAAAAAUCUAAAUGAAUUACAAAGCAACGGAUAAAUCUUAUCAGAUCUGGAGUUUAGAUUGGAUGAAGAGAGAAAGAACAUGAAAAAUGUGAGAUAACAACUAGAAAAUAAUUUAGAGAACGAAAGAUAAAUGAGGAUUGAGUUUGAAACUAAGAUCAUAGCACUCAGAGACGACAAUUAAAGAAAGGAAAAUAUCAUAUAAGAAUUGGAUUACAAAUUAUAAGACACAAUGAUGAGAAACGACUCUCUAGAAUAAGAAAAUGUUGCUAUGAGAAAUGAAUUCAUAAGAGGAUAGGAAUCAUAUAACUAAAGACUAAGGGAAUACGAAGACAGAAAUAAGUAGUUAAAUAGAUAAUUACAAUAAAACGACGAAAAAUAUAGAAUUGAAUUUGAGAGACUCAUCAAAUCACAUGAUCAAAAGUUAUCGGAUAUGACUCAAACUUAUAAAAUAUAGAAAGAAGAUGCAGAAGCAUAAAUUAGAAGUCUCAAGACACAGGUUUAAGAUUUAAAUCAGGACAUUACUAAUUUAAUGAAUGAAAAUAUGAGAAUAAAAAUGGAAGCUGAAGAAAAUAUUAGAGAAACUGUUGUCAGAGUAUAAGAUGAAGAAAUGAGAAAAUAUCUUGGACAUUUACGAAAUGUAGAAUAAAAAUUAAAAGCCUCUGAAGAAGGAAGGGAUAAAUUAGCGAAAGAUUACAAUAAUACUCUUUCACAAUUGGCCGAUAAAGAAAGACUAUUAAAAUAGAAAUAAAUGGAAUAUGAUUAAAACUACACAAGAUUUAAGUAAGAAAUUAGUGAACUUGAUUCUUAAUUCAAAUAAACUAAUUAGGUUAGAGAAAAGUUAAGAAAUGAAUUAUAAUCUAAAGAUUAGAUUAUAAAACAAUUGUAAGCUGAGACAAUGGACUUACAAAAAUAAGUCCAAAAAAUCAAAGAAAAUUAUGCUCAUCAAAUGGCAGAGGCUUAAGAAAUCAAUGCAUAAGAAAAAAGAGAUUUAGAGAAGGAAAAAGAUGAUUAUGCUAGAAAAUUGAAUUAAUCAGAAGAAACAAGAAAGUAAAUGGAGGAACACAUCGAAAGAUUGAAGUUACAACUAGAAGAAUUGGGAGGGUAGAUUCAUCAAAACAUAGAGAGAUCAAUUUAUUAGACUAUUAACUAAACUAGCUUUUCGAGUAAAUUCGAAAAUAGAAGACCUUAUCAGCCACAGAAGUAUCAAUGAAUAUAUAUAUUAAACUAAAAAGUAUUAUAACUAAUAUUUAUUUA